AUGGUGCUCGGCAGCGGAGCCCCAAUCUCUGAGGACCUCCUCCCCCCAGGACACAGCCCUCAGAAGCCUGGCAUGGAGUUGACUCUCCCUGGCUUCAUCUCUGUCUUUGUGCCUGAGUUCCCACACCGUACAUUUCCUGGGCAAGAUGAUUUUCAGAUCCUGGGCUUCAUAGCCAAAGGCUCCGUUAGUCCUAUCUUGAAAGUAAAGGACAGGUCGAAGGAGAAGACUUAUGCAGUUAAGGUUUUACCCAAGUCUGAGAUACUGAAGCAUGGGGUCCUGGAACAGUCAAAGGAGGAUGUCAUCAUUCAGCGGCAGCUCAGCCACCCAUUCCUCCACAAUCUGCAGGACUGCUGGCAGACCCAGCGCCACCUCUUCAUUAUGUGUGAGUACUGCAGUACUGGAGACCUGUACACCUACUGGAUACUGAAGGGCCAGUUUGGGGAUGAUGAGGCUCGGGUGUUCGCUGCAGAGCUAGACUGUGCUUUGGGUUUCCUUCACGACUUUGGGAUCACGCAUAGGGAUGUGAAGAUUUUUUUAGAUGGAGAAUGUCCUUCUGUCUGACCAAGGUAAUGCUGGCUUAAUAAAUAUAUUCAUAUAUAUACCAUUUAGUAGACACUUUUAUCCAAAGCAGUUUACAGUACAGUCAUGCAUGUGUAGCACAUGGGGAUGUGUGAAACGUACUCCUCAGCCUUAAGUGUCCUGCUUGCGUCAUCUCAUUAGCUAGCUUUUGAGGUGGCGCGAUCGGCUAAGACGCGUGUAUUUUGUGAGGCAGAGAUCCUGAGUUCGCACCAGGUAUUGGCCGAAUCAGGAGGAAGUCGUACUCGCUAAACAAGCAUCGUGACGUUCUUUACACAUGCAUACAUUUGACGUAUGGUUUAGUUUACUUUCUACUGCAAAAAAAUAUAAGACAACACUAGAGGGCCUUAUAAUACAGUGGAAACUUCAGUGUUGUUGUUGUUGGGAAUAUUCUCGAAGAUAUUAUUUUUAUGGUGAAAGUAGUUUAAGCUUCAUAUUAGUCAGGUCGAAUAACCGGAAUUGGAUUUGUAUAGUACUGUAUGUAAAAUACUGCUGUAUCUGUUUGAUGCAGGCCAUCUGCGUUUAGCUGACUUUGGACUUUCUCGCCGUCUUGAGCAGGGCACAAGAGCAUUUACAAUUUGUGGGACAAUCCAAUACAUGGCUCCUGAAGUCCUGAGUGGGGGUCCCUACAGCCAUGCUGCUGAUUGGUGGUCUCUCGGCAUUCUGUUGUUCUCAAUGGUGACUGGAAAGGAACUGUGGUGGUGACCGCACAUCUUAAUUAAAUGAAUGUGAUGAUGUAAUAGUUGUUAGAAAGGUUGUUUUUCUUCUUCUUUUAAGCUGUCCUGUCAUGCAAAUCUAAAUGCUAGUCUAGAGAUGUUGUUGGUGCUAAUUCUGCCAUCUCCAUAGUUCCCUGUGCCUCCAGAGCCAGACCACUGCAACAUGCUGAGAAAGGUCAGAGACUGCCCAUACUCCAUACCCYAGACCUUCAGGCCUGCACUAGUUCUUCUGCUCACAGAGCUCCUAUGCAAGAACCCAGCCCAUCGCCUGCAUAGCCUGGAGCGCUUCAAAAGGCAGAUGUUUUUCCAUGGCACUUCCUUCGACUCUCAGCUACUACAGACCUGUUGAAUUAAUUAUUGAACUGAAGAACCAUCCUGAUCGUCCAGUCAAAGCAAUGCGGGGCCUGUCUAUGGACUACUUCCAGAACUUUGACUGUGACAUCCUUCUCUCCCCUACCAUCCCCACUGACCUGUCACCUACCUUGGCCAACAUUGACCUGAGCCAGGCUCUGGCUACAGCUCAGGGUUGUAGUGAAUGAGAUGUGCCUGUUCUACUUUGCCUCAAUACUGCCUGCAAAUUAAUGGAAACAUUUGAUAUAUACUUUGUACCACAUGUAUACUUGGUUGUGAAAAAGCUACUGUACAGUGCAUUUGGAAAGUAUUCAGACUCCUUGACUUUUUCCACAUUUUGUUACGUUAUGGCCUUAUUCUAAAAUGUAUUUKAUUGUUUUCUUCCCUCUUAAUCUACACACGAUACCCCAUAUAGACAAAGCAAAAACAGGUUUAGAAAAUUUAGCAAACAUAAAAAC